AAGAAUCGAAACAGUCGACCAAGUUUAUUUUUCAGUACAACACACUGCCAAUAGAUAUAAAAACGGGAAUCUUAACCAUUCUUAGCUUGAGAAUAUCUGGAUUAAUCAAUACAUUUACCUAACCUCGCUAAUCAGAUAUAUUGAAAUUACAUGUUAACGAAUCUAAUUUUGUUGAGAUGCAUACUUGUACGAGUGUUCUACUUGAUUUUAAUUUAUUCAACUUAUUUUCUGUUGCGAAAACUUAUAUUUCGUAGACACACAUACAAAAUUUAGCAAAACAGUACUCUGGAAUUUGCUAAUCAAAAAGUUUUUCUAUCUAAUCGGAUUAUACAUGAAAAUUUACAAUCAACAUUGGAAAGUGGAUAUACUUACAUUACAUACUAACAAAAUAUAUGUAGGAGUAACGACAUUUGGAGGACUAACAUAGUCUCAAGGUUGAGAAAACUUUGGAAGAAGAAGGAUAGCGAAUUUUAUUGACGAACUUUCUUUUCCACUUUAUAAAUAAAUUUGCCAAUUAAAGAGUCUGACUGAAAAUGCCCCCUCCGCCACCCGAACCUGUAGCCCCUCGGUCAGAGUUGGAAGAACUCCAGCUCAGGGCAGACACCGUCACAGAUGAGUCCCUCUCGAGUACAAGGCGGAUGCGAGCGCUGUGUGAUGAAGCGAAGGAAGCCGGAAUUCGAACCCUCGUGGCGUUGGACGAUCAGGGCGAACAACUCGAUCAUAUCGAGUCAGGAAUGGUUCAAAUAAACGAAGAUAUGAGAGAGGCAGAGAAGAAUUUGCAGGGAAUGGAAAAAUGCUGUGGAAUUUGCGUACUCCCGUGCCACAAAUCCAAUGAAUUUAAAGAGGAUGCGGGGACCUGGAAAGGAAAUGAUGAUGGGAAAGUUGGAAAUGGAGCGCCUAGUCAAAGGGUUGACGCUAACGGUGUUCCUGCGUAUGGAGGCUACGUUGCAAAGAUUACCAACGAUGCGAGAGAAGAUGAGAUGGAGAGCAACAUGGAAGAGGUGUCCAUUAUGGUGGGGAACUUGAGAAACAUGGCCGUGGAUAUGGGGAGUGAAAUCGGAAAUCAGAAUAAUCAAAUUGAUCGCAUCAAUCUGAUGGCUGCGUCGAACGAAGUCAGAAUAUCAAUGGCGAACGAGAGGGCAAAUAAGCUGUUGAAGUAAGGAGGAGCUGAAAUGAAGAAAAUGGGAGGACGAAGCAUCCAACUUUCCCCAAAGAGAUUUGUCCCGUGGCUGAUAGCUAAGUGUGAUGAAGAUUAUCUAAUUAAGUUUGACUAUUUAUUAACACGAACGAACGAGCAGAUGGUUCCCAAUUACUUAUGUUUCUUCCACGUAUAGGCAGGCCUCACUGAAAUAGAUUAGCCCUUACUUCCUUCCCUGUGUAUGAGAACGACUAAAUGCACAAGUUUUUGGGUUCUCCUAAUUUAUUGUCUGGUUGAAAUGUUGAGUUUGUGUCGUCGUAUCAAUAAUGAUAAGUGUUUAAGUAUGAAAAUAAGCAUAUAUUUACAUAGAGGUACGAUGUCAAGUGUGAGAUGAACGCAACCUCGUGAUCUAUUUUAAUAUAGGUAUUUUUUCUUGGAUCCUUCCCCGCAUUCCCGAUUUAUAUGAAAUUGCACCUGAUUCCCCACCUACAAAAGUACAUACAAGAGUGUCAAAUGCUUAAGUCAGAGGGUUUUGUAUAUAGAAAGAAAGCAAGAAAGACGAGAAGUUCGCACAUAAUCCUUGCAACUGUUGAAAGUAGGCAAAACCUGAUGCAUCAAGUAUUCAAGUGAAAGACGGCUUAUUAUUCGACAUGCAAUGCUGCUUCCCCAAAGUACUCCUUCCUCUUCAACUAAAAUUUACCUCACGAAUGACAAAGUAUCUCAGCUCAGGCUACACAUGAAUUUUGACUCUAAUUGACAUUAUCUUAAUACCUGCAAUCUACACUCAUCUUGUUCUCAUGUAAAUGAUACUGACAAACCGAGUCUUGUUUUAUCCGUCUUGCGUUAUGCACUCCAUAAUUUAAUAAUUUGAUACAUACUUUGGUACCUUAAACUUGAACCUUGUCCUUCAGGAGAAUGGAAUGAAAAAGACGACAAAAGUCAGUGUGAUACCCACGAACAUAAGUAUUUAUGUACAUGUUAUGCAGACGUGUUUAUUUAUUCAAGCAAUAUAAAGUUACAAUCGUGUGCUUACUGUGAUUUAUACUAUUUAUGUUGUACUACAACACAUUCACACAACAGAGAAAUAUGCACGGGUAGAGAGAAAAUUCAAGUACUCAAAACCGACGUGGUUGUCAACUGCACACACUAUUUUGUGGGUAAAAGCAUCCUGGCGUGGGCGUCAUUAUUAUUGAUGCCUACGUGUAUACGUGCGUUGUGUGAUAUGUUUUUGUGUUCUGCACCACCGCUACCAAAUUAUGAGCUGAUUUUGUACUUUGAAGCACAAAACAAUCUUGGUGAACCUUGUUUGCUCAGUCGUUUGAGUUUAUUGUCGAUGGUGUCUGUCUGUCAUUGUCCUUUCCCCAUUGAAUUAUUAGACGACUGUGCUUCUCAACCACUCCCGGUUUCCCUGAGCUUUAAAACAUAUACAAAGUGUGAGGGUAUUAAAGCAAUGAUGUGACUGUCAGUGAAUUUAUGACGAAUAUUGGUAUUAACGACGCCCUCGGCUACUACAUAAAUGCAUAUGUACAUACUUGUUCAUUGUUGCCACUACACCUUCCCACUUUGUGAUCUCCCAGUAUUAUGACUCUUGGUAUGAUGCGACGAUGUUAAUGAUGUACAAAAUUAAGGCUGCUACUCUUGCUUGUCUGCGUCCUGUUGUGUGUUCCUGGAUCAUCUAUUGAAGUGAUAAAAUACAUUUAAUCUUAUAACUACAUAUUUAUCAUCGGCUCUUUCAUGUCAUCGCUUUCUCUGUGCCUGACGCAUUUCUAUUUGGUUGACACUCACGGUACGUGUAUCUGUCAAAAGUUUAAUUACUCUUUAGUUCUGCUUACGCUGACAAAUUGCGAAUUAAAUACUUCACAAAUUGUCCUAGUGCUCCUUGACUAAAAGUCAAGUUGACUUGUUCAAAGAAAUUCAAAAGUCUGCUGCUUAACCCAAAUCAGAAAUACACAAAUCUUAUUUUUCCCUACUGUGUAAGAAUCAAAACUAAAAAUCAAAACGAUUGAAUUGAAUUAAGUAUUCCUGUUUAAGGAAUUUGGCAAUCAGGAUGAACAAAUGUGCAACGUAACAUACAUAUGAUGAACAUAUUCCAAAACUGAAAUCAAACUGUAAACAGAAUCAUGGUUAUAAAAUAACUGAAUCUGAACAUCAUCAUUAAUUUAAUCAAAAUUCAAAAUUUUAACGGAAAAGUAGGACACAAGGAGUGGUCGAUUAUAGUAAAUGUUACAUGUAAAUGUAUUUAAAAACACAAUUACUCUUUCCGCUUUAUAAAAAACAUGCAUUUAUUCUGCUCGUAAUUAGUCGUAGACCAUAUCAAUGUGAGCUAUCCUAGCUUAGAAUCAAUGUGCUAAACUUUCACACACCCUUCUAGCAUAUCCAUGCAGUGUGCAACUAGAUGAAGAAAUAUAUAUAUGUAGAUGGAGAAAUCUGUAUAACGUGGCAUAAUUAAUUUUGCUAAAAGUGUUGAACAAAGUUAACUGCUACAGCUGUAUUUUAUUCUACAAAUUGUUAUGCUUCAAUGUAAAGUGUUAAUGCACAUUCCUAAAUAUGAACUAAGUAAUUAUUUGUGUACUCUAAUUACUGCAAAUAUUUGUUAUAGAUGAUUAAAUUGAUAUUAAUUAUUGCCAGCCAGUGAAUAAAACAUUCUUCUACGUUUAA